CACUAACGAGACUCUUGCAGUGAUCGGCGAAAAAGUUGUAAGGUUAAAAAAUGGGGAGGUUUACCCUUCAGACUGAACUGACCUGGUUUAUUUCCUACUAUUUGGUUAAAUGAUUCAUAAAUUUACCAUUUAUCUAAAAGCCCUCCAUUAUUAUUUUUCUUUUCGCCUCUCCCCUAAUUCCUUUUCCAAGUGAUUAUUGUGUCACCAAAUCUCUUCAAAAUUUUGGAAGAGAAAUUUCAGUUUCCCGCCAAACGACUACGCAAAACCUUGAAUAUAUCAAGUAUAAAUUAAUUUCUGAGUCAUAGCGGCGUGCGUGAUUUAGCUGCGAAAGUGUUUUUAGAAGAAAGAAUUGAUAUGGAGAAAGGGUUAAUCUCGGUAGAUCGAUGGGCAGAGGGCAGUCAAGCUUACUUCUUAACAAACCUGCACACCGAUCACACUCAAGGUCUAUCUUCCACCUGGGCCAUGGCUCCCAUCUUCUGCUCCCGCGUCACCGCCAAGCUCUUCCCUUUCAAAUUCCCUAAUUUCAAUCUCACUCUUCUUCGCGUCCUUGAUCUUGGAUCCUGGCACUCUCUCUCCCUCAUUUCGCCUUCCACUGGUUCAAAAGUUACAGUCCAAGUCAUGGCCAUUGACGCUUACCAUUGCCCCGGUGCGGUUAUGUUCUUGUUUCGUGGAGAGUUUGGAUGCAUGCUCAACACUGGAGAUUUCCGAUGGGAGAAAAACUGUGAGAGAGCGAAGUUAGCAAAGGAAAUGCUGCUGAAUGCUCUUAAGGACGAUGCGGUUGAUGUUCUUUACUUGGACAACACGUAUUGUAAUCCUACUUUUCAAUUUCCUCCCAGGGAAGUUGCUGUCAAGCAGCAGGUUGCUGACAUCAUUUCAUCCUAUCCAGACCAUGAUAUUGUCAUUGGGAUUGACACCUUGGGCAAGGAAGAUCUUUUGCUUCACAUCUCAAAUGCACUUAAUGUAAAGAUUUGGGUCUGGCCUGAGCGCCUCCAAACCAUGCAUCUCCUUGGGUUCCAUGACAUUUUCACAACCGACACAUCUCUUACAAGGGUGCGAGCUAUCCCUCGUUACAGUUUUAGCAUCAACACUUUAGAAGGAUUAAAUAGGAUGCACCCAACUAUAGGAAUCAUACCAUCUGGUCUUCCGUGGGUGGUUAAGCCCUUUGAAGGAAAUGGCAAGCUUUUUGAUUCUCUUUUAACUUCUGGUUACAACAGAAGCAAAGUGAGUUCAAAAGGUGGGAAGCAGAAUGAUAAACGCAAUGGUAAUUUAGAAUCUGUAAAAAGAUUUCACAAGUACGUAUAUUCAGUCCAAUAUUCUGAUCACUCAAGCUAUCUGGAGAUAGAAGAGUUUAUAAAACAUGUGCAGCCAACUAGCAUGAAAGGCAUCGUAUCUUCAUCAUCUUGUAAUGUUGAUCCUUUUUAUUACUUUGGUCGCAUUUGUGGAAUAAACCAACCUUCCCGAAAGUUGGACAAUGAACAUCAAACGUUUGGAAGAGGUGGUUAUACUGGGAUAGAAAAGAAAAGAAAAAGGGUUGGUCGUUUAGGAUUUUAUUUGAGUAGGGUGACUGUGAUGAGACGAGGUCGGAAAGGUAUAAAGCUUGAUGAAAAUUAGUGUUUUGAUUGACUAAAGGCGAGAGUUGACUUCGGCAUCUACUAAGUUGGCAAUGUUGUAAAUGAUGUGGGACUUGUUACUACUAACUGAGAAAUGUAAUUCUAGAUAAGAAUUAGUUGAUUUGAGAUUCUAUAUUGUAAGCCUGGUUAUUCUCUUUAUUGGCUGUCUAAAUUUGUGGGUUUUGGUAAAUAGAACUCUAGACACGUGGCUGCAUGUGGAUAGAAAACUAUAGUAGGUACUUUAGAUACAUUAUGAAAUAUCUAAUGGAUUAGUCAUCCUGGUGUUUAUACGUAAUAUAGAAACCAUAUACUGACUGAA